UCCUUCUUUAACUGAGGGGUACCAACAAUUUUGUCCACGUGUGUAUAGUGACUUUAUGAUUUCUAUUUAAAAUUACUAAAAGGCUCACAAUUGAGGUCUUAAGAAUUAUUGGGUUGCUAAACCUCUGUUUUUGAGACUGUCAUCAGUAUGCUGUAAUUUCAAGGUGGUCAUGUUCAUCCAUGGCAUUGACUGCUUGACUUACUUAUUAUAGUUUCAAACAUUAAAAAAACACCAUAUGAAAUAUGAAAUUAUAUAUGAAUUUCGUAUGAUAUAUGAAAUUCAUAGUCCUAAACAUCGGCACGUGGUCAUAUGGUUACUGUGGGACUGUUAGAAUGGUAGUGUUAGCAUUUAGUUCAAAGCACCACUCUGUACCAGUGACUGCAUUCUAAAGAUGGUAAUAAUCUCUAGAAGCAAAGCAAACAUGGAAGUGCUUUAAACCUGAGUUGUUUCUAACAUCCAGUAUUGGGCGACUCCUGUGGUUAUAGUAAGGAUUAUAUAGAAGUCUAUGAGAAAAUGUCCAUACUUCUCCCUUAAUUUGUUACCUUUGUUCACAUAUUUCUUAUUACUGUACUCAUGUCUCCUUCAGUAUAAAAUUAUGUUAAUUUUGUAAAUUAAAGUCUCAUUUAGAGUAAAACAGAAAAUAAAGCAGGGUAUGUUUUAGCUACCUUGUGAUUGACAGGUUGCUGUUGUACUGUAUAGUCGUGCACAGUGUCCACUCCUUGCAUGUUUUGUCUCGUUUCAAAAGACCAAAUGUCAAACUCAAAGCUUCAAAACUGAAGUUCACAAACCAAUGGCUGAUAUAAGGGUUGCUACAUCCUUCUGUUUUCUACUGUUUAUGCUAUGUAGAGCCUCCAGCAAGGGUGUAGUCAGUAAAGUUCAUAAAGGCAUUUGGAAGUUAAUUUGUAGUAUGUAAUUGUGGUUUCUAAGUUAUGCAGAACUCGUUAACUUAUGUGGCAUAGAAAAUGUGUCAUUGUUUAUCCAAAGCUCACCCUGUAGUACUGUAAUUAAAUUCAUACAAACUGCAUGUUUUAUUCCUGUACAUGUCAAGUGUUUACCUUCUGACUGAGCUCAGUUUAUUGCUUUCCAAAAAGUGUGAUUAAAAAAUGAAACAUGACGCCUUUCCAAUCAAAGGAACAGUUAAACCAUACCUGGCUGCGGUGUACCUGCCUGACUGAAGAAGGAACCUGAUUGGACGUCCUGGACUCAGUGCCCUGCAGUAUUUGCAUAAACGUCACGAGACUUUCAAGCUUUGCAUAAGACAGCAAGGAACAAGCAGCAGGAAUGUUUCCUGUUUGUGCCAGAACAGGUUUGUGCUGUGGCUGGGGAGUGAGCAGUUUGAAGUGAAGACACUUUCCCUUGGUGACAAAAUGGACUCUUUCAAAGGACCUGUUGAGAUGGAUGAGAGGAUGACGUCCACCAAUCUGGACUUAGCCUGGCUUCCCCCUUGCACACAGUGUAAAGAGACCACCAAAGGGCCAGAGGAAUACAACUAUGAGCCUCCUCAGGGGGCAGCGUGCAGUGUUGGACUCCCUGAAAGCCACUACCAGCCUGAACCCAGAUCAGGCCAUCAUGCUGCUCUGGAUCCACACUUCAUGCCCCCAGCACCAGUGCCACAUUCAGGAUAUAUGAACCCUUUCUACCGCGCAAACAUUUGGCCUCAUGGUCUCAGAGAGCAGAAACUGCUGAAUGAACCGGACCUCAUGGUUGAUAACAGGAGUAGCCUGGCUGGCCCUUCAAACCGACACUAUGGUCGCUCUAUGGAGGAAUCCUUGGAGCCUCCUCUUACACUCAAAUCGAACCCCUAUGACCACACUCCAUCACAAUACCCAGGAACACAUGUGACCGGUCACAGGCCAGUGCAGUGGUACAGUCCCUGCUGCCCUCCAGCCCAUCAGCUCCAUCAUAAUAACAACCGUGGUCAUCACAAUCCCAAUCAUUACCCUGCGGGUCCAGCCCAGGAGCAUCAACCCCACCAACUACUUAUCCCCCGACAAAAUGGGAUGCAACACAGAAAUGCUCCCAAUGUCCCCCGUGGAUCUUUGCCUGCUUGUGCAGCGCCCCCUAGAGACGUGAUGCUAGAGGUCAGCGUGGAUCGAUCCAAUCAGGCAGAUCUGAGAGCAGCCACGGGGGAGGUCAGGAAGACCAUCAGCCUGCCUCAGGAGUGCAGGAAUGUCUUCAUCACAUACUCAGUGGACACAGCCGAAGAUAUACUUGCAUUUGUCAGUUUUCUCAUCGCUCAAGGUUUCAACCCAGCAAUUGACGUGUUUGAUAGUCCAAUCCAACGACUGGGCAUCACCAAAUGGAUGGACAGCUUUCUGAAUGAUAAAUCGGUGCUCAUCAUCGUGGUCAUCAGCCCCAAGUACAAGCGGGACGUGGAGGAAGUCGGAGGCGACGAGCACGGCCUGCACACCAAGUACAUCCACAACCAGAUUCAAAAUGAGUACAUCCAACAAGGCUGCCUGAACUUUAGACUGGUUCCUGUGUUGUUUCCAAGUGCAACUAAGAAUCACGUCCCCAGCUGGCUGAGGAACACCAGGAUCUACCGCUGGCCUCAGGACAACCAGGACAUCGUGCUUCGCCUGCUGAGGGAGGAACGCUACAUCCUCCCUCAGCCUAGCGUCGAUGUCACCCUCACUGUUCGACCUCUCUCUCACCACUGACAAAGACUCCUGGAAAACAUGCAGCAUCAAGAGAUUUACUUUCUGAAAAAGCUGUAGGUAUGUUUUCAGCAGAAAGACAGUACAAGAAGGUUCAGUUUGAAAAUGUUUCCCCUUUUGUUGCUUGUUUUCCUGUUGAUUCACGUUUAUGGUGUUUCUGAUCUCACAUCAUAUUAUGAAAACUGUUUAAUCUUUUUCCUUUAUGACAGCAUAUGAAAUGAAACUGACUCAGAAAAUUGUCAUUAAUGGCACAAAAGCAGAGUAUGAUAUGUUAUAUUGUUCUAAUCUUUAUCAAUCAUUGAACUGACAUGUUAAAAAAGCUCGUACAAACUGAUUACAUCAGAUUAACCCAAAUAUUUCUGAUAAAUUACACUACCUGUGUGUAGGCUGCUGCUGCCUCUAUCAGCUUCAUUCUAAGUGGGCAAACUCUUUACUUGAUUUACAAUUAAAGCAACUUUUACUGAUUUUACCCACCAGGGGGUGAUGAAUGGAGCAAAAUACUCAGCAGCCAACAUUACCAGAUUAUAACAAAUUUGAAAACUAUUACUUGUUUACAUAUUUGGCAUGCACAGACCAAAAACUUGCGUAAUUUUAAUUGUUUUUCAGUCCACUUGGUUAUUGCUCUGCUUUGAUUCAAAUGAAUUAAAUGAUAUUUUUGUAUGUUUGUUAGUACGAUUGACUGCUUUUUAUAAAUUUAGCCCAUUGUAUGCAAACAUAAGAAUACUAUGAAGUGCAGCUUUAAAGAGAGGCAUUUUUAAAAGAUAACAAUCAUGAGGUUAAACUUGGAAAUGUUAAAGCACGUAACACAUGUACUGAAAGAUGGAUUUGUACAAGAUACAGACAUAAAAAAGUACCAUUUAAGCCGGUUUUGCACUGAAUUUUGCAAUUUUAAUGUCAUUACAGUCAAAACAACUGUCAUUUUUAAAAUUUUUCUAUGAUCAAAUUUGAGCUCAUUAAUGCAUAUUUGGCAUCCUCUUUUUAUUAAUCAGUAUGAGCGUUUUUAAAUUGAACAGUUUAUCAGUAAAUCAUGCUUUCGAGGCUCCACACUGUCUGCGUAUGUUUGUAGUGAAGCUUAUGAUUAACCAGAAGGUGGCAGUAUGUAACAGAUAA